UAUACGACCGACGAGUUCGUCAGUUUGAGCUACGGGCUGGGAACUACGUCGCGAACGACUUGGAGUCGAGCCCGUGCACUUGGGCCGAGUUUUUUCUUUUUCUUUGCGCGCCAAACUGCAGCUCGUCCCUCGUGCCAUUGCUGGUAAUAUAACCAUAACCUCGUCGACAUCCGCGCGCGCGGGGAAAAUGGCGAGGGCGAUCUGAUCUCGCGCGCGGUUGCCAUGGGCUGCCGUCGAUACACGAAUCUGCGACGCAUUUCGCUUGAAAUCGGCUCUCGCAUACUCAGAUCUUAGCAGCGUUUCGUUGAUGCUUGUACCCGGUACCCGGUGUGUAGUGUAUAGUGUCCCUCGUGGCUAUCCGAGACUUUGUUUUACACGUCUUAUUGCGGUGUUUUAUUUAAUUAUCGAUUAUCGAUCGGCCUAGUUGUUCAUGUGUUUUAUUUUUACCUACGGCGUCUCGUCUCGCUCUUCCUUGAAUUAGUUGAAUGGCAGACCUUCUUUAGUGCGCGUUUGGUCAAGUUUUGAUACAAAAUGGCUGUGGACCCUGAGCGUGCCAGUGCCAGUGAUUUGGAUUCCAUGGAGGACGAAGAUGAAACCACCAAGCCCACCAAAAAGUACACUCAAGAAAACCUUCUGGCAGCUUUACAAGACCGAUUGAACGAGUUCAAUAUUGAACAUCUGCCUGCCCCAGUAAAACGAAGGAUCAAAGCAUUAAAGCAGCUUCAGCUGAAAACAACACACAUCGAAGCCAAGUUUUACGAAGAGGUCCAUGCCCUUGAAUGUCGGUACUACCAGCUCUGCGCACCUUAUUAUGAACAGAGGAGUAACGUUGUCUCUGGUAUCUAUGAACCAAAAGAUGAGGAAUGUCUGUGGGAGAGCGAGGAUGAAGAGGAAAUCAGUACUGAUUUGAAAUCUAAAGUUAAGAUCAUUGAAGUUAAAGAUGAAGCACAGAUCAAAAAAGACAAUAGUGCUGAUGAUGAAAAUGUCAAAGGCAUUCCAGAUUUCUGGUUAACAAUAUUCAAAAAUGUUGGAAUGUUGGCUGAAAUGCUUCAGGAACAUGAUGAACCAAUUUUGAAGCACCUGUAUGACAUCAAAGUUCUGUUCUUAGAGAAAGAUCCUAUGGGUUUUGUAUUAGAAUUUCACUUUUCUCCAAACGAUUACUUUUCUAAUUCAGUUUUGACAAAGGAGUAUCACAUGAAAUGUGUACCUGAAAAAGAUGAUCCUUUCAGUUUUGAAGGUCCAGAAAUUUACAAGUGCAAAGGUUGUAUUAUUGACUGGAAAAAAGGAAAGAACGUCACCGUCAAAACGAUUAAGAAAAGUCAGAAACACAAGUCUCGAGGUUCCAAGCGUACUGUAACCAAGACUGUUCAGAAUGAUUCAUUCUUUAAUUUCUUCACUCCACCAAUUGUGCCCGAUGAUGCGGAUGCAGAAGUUGAUGAUGAAACCCAAGUCUUGCUAACAUCUGAUUUUGAAAUUGGCCAUUACAUCAGAGAGAGAAUAGUCCCCAGAGCUAUCCUAUACUUCACAGGUGAAGGUUUGGAGGAUGAGGACGAGGAUUACGAAGAAGAUGACGGAGAUGAUGAUGACGGAGAUGAUGAUGAUGAUGAUGAUGAAGAUGAAGAAGAUGGCUCUCAUUCAGGUGGGAAAUUGCAAGAAGAUGGUUCUCAACCUGCUGAAUGUAAACAGCAGUAACCAAUUAUUCGUAUAAAAAAAUAAUUGAUACUGUUGGAGCGAAACUAUUUUAAAAACAAGACAUAAAAACUACUGGCUAAUAACUGCCUAGAUAUCCUGCAUCCGUGUCUUUGAUUCAUCGCUCUUUGUAAAAUCAGUCUUUACUAAUCAUAUCAUGUCUCCUAUUCCAGAUGAAAACUAGAUCAAAGGCAAUAGCAACGAGAGAAAUUUGGUAAAGAACAUCUUGUCAUCUUCAGCAAUUAAUUGCUUCAUCUUGUACUAUUAUUACGUUUCUAAACAAACAGGAAAUGUUUUUUCCAAAGAGAUGCUACGUUAAUACGUAUAACAAAUUUUUGGUACUGUUAAAGACAUUUUAAUACAAAAUUUACAAAAACAAAUUUGGCUGUUAGAAGGCAAAAUUGUAUGUACACGCUACAUUUUUCUACAAUAAAGGCAGAUGUGUUUUUAUUUUUUUCAA